UCUCGCCCGCCCCGCGCCGCCGCCGCCUCUCUUCUCAGGAGCUUCCUCCCCGCAGGCGAGAUGGUGUUCGUCAAGAACCAGAAGUCGAGGGCGUACUCCAAGCGUUUCCAGGUCAAGUACAGGAGAAGGCGACAGGGGAAGACUGACUACAGGGCCAGGCUGAGGCUCACUACCCAGGACAAGAACAAGUACAACACACCAAAGUACCGCUUUGUUGUGCGUUUCACCAACAAGGAUGUCUGCGCCCAGAUCGUGCAUGCCACCAUUGCUGGUGACAUCGUGAUGGCUGCUGCCUACUCCCACGAGCUGCCGCGAUAUGGUCUUGAAGUUGGCCUCACCAACUAUGCAGCAGCAUACUGCACUGGUCUGCUUCUGGCUCGUCGUGUGCUCAAAGUCCGCGAUUUGGAUCAGGAAUAUGAGGGUAACGUUGAGGCAUCUGGUGAGGACUUCUCUGUUGAUCCUACUGGUGAGAGGAGGCCUUUCCGUGCGCUCUUGGAUGUUGGUCUUCUUAGGACCACCACUGGAAACCGUGUGUUUGGUGCACUUAAGGGAGCCUUGGAUGGUGGUCUUGACAUUCCCCACAGCGACAAGAGGUUUGCUGGUUUCAAGAAGGAUGAGAAGCAGCUGGAUGCUGAGGUUCACCGCAAGUACAUCUAUGGAGGACAUGUUGCUGCCUACAUGAGGACACUAGCUGAGGAGGAGCCAGAGAAGUACCAAUCCCACUUCAGCGAGUACAUCAAAAAGGGAAUCUCUGCUGAUGACAUGGAAGCAAUUUACAAGAAUGUUCAUGCUGCCAUCCGUGCUGAUCCCAGCUUGGUCAAAUCAACCAAGGAGGCUCCCAAGACACACAAGAGGUUCAACCUGAAGAAGCUGACUUACGAGCAGAGGAAGGCCAGUCUCGUCGAAAGGCUCAACGCCCUCAACUCGUCUGCUGGUGCCGCCGAUGAUGAUGAGGAUGACGAUGAAUGAAGAUUGUUGUCGACCCCAGUGUAGUCUUGCAACGUGCAUUUUUGUUAAAGUUUGGCACUCCGCGCAAUGGACCUGUUUCCUUCUGUUUUCGGUAUCGUGCUGGAGUUAUAGAUUAUUAUCCUGAUCAUGUGACUUGCUGCCAUUUGGAUAUUGAUCUUAAUCUGUUGGUUCUGUUCUUA